AUGUUGUCCUCGCGUCCAUCUUGGUUCACCCGCGUCACGAGCAGCAUCCUCGCUCUCACCGUACUCGUUUCCGCGGCACCGAUCCUGGAUCUGACUUCGCCAGCGACAUUCCUCAUCCCCACACCCGACGUCGACCCAUUCUACCGUCCCCCUUCAACUUUCGCAAAAGAUGCCCCCGGAACCAUAUACCGUUCACGAGCUGCCCUCAACCCCGGCUUUGGUCGUAAAGGUACUCAAAUUUUGUUUCGCACGACCGACGAGUUCAACAAGCCGACGACAUCGGUGACGACCAUUCUCCAAACUUUGAUUUCGUCAAAAAACUACCUCGUCGCCUACAACAUGUAUGAGGAUGCUUCGGCACCUCAGUGUGCUCCUUCUUAUUGCUUUAAUACCAUUCCUCAGCAAGGUUUUUGUCCAGAUGGUGGUGAGUGGACCGGGGAUCGUGCGAACGAUAACGACCUUGGCGCGGCCAGAGCGCAGGAGGGGUCGCCCUAUCACUUGGACCCUUUGUCCUCUUUCGGCGUCGACCAGUUGCCGACCCAGAUCCCCUCCCCUCAAGAGCCCAACGGUCACGUGAUCUAGUUUGCUGACUCGCCUCUUCCUCGCUUCCUACAGACGGUCAACUCGUCUACUUCAUGACCAAGGGCUGGACCGUGAUUGUCACCGACUUUGAAGGCAAGACCUCGAGUUUCUCCGUCGGUCAUCAAUCGGGUUACCAAAUACUUGACGCGUACCGCGCCGCGAUCAAGUUCCUCAACUUGUCCAAGAACGUCGUCCUCGGUGGAUAUGGGUACUCGGGCGGUGCGAUUGGCACGGCAUGGUCCGCGGCGUUGCAGAACGAGUAUGCACCCGAGUUGAACAUCAAGGCGUUGGCGUUUGGGGGUACGCCGUCGAAUACGACGUCGACGUUGCUUCAUCUCAACGCCGGCGCGUUCGCUGUGAGUUUGCUUGCUUGUUGACCGCUUCGUACUGUUUUCCAUCGAGCUGAACUUCGUCGGAUGUUUGUGUCAAUCCAGGGUUUUGCUGUUGGUGGUCUCGCCGGCCAAGUCGCGAGCUACCCCGAGCUCUACGCUCGCUUCUCACAAAUCGCGACAGCCAAGGGCAAAGCCGCCGUCAUCAAGGGCCAAUCUCAAUGCGGUGCCGCGGACCUCGUCGUAUUCGCCUUCACCGACAUCCUCUCGACCGACUUUCAAUCCCUAGGUAGUCAAUUCCUCUCUGAUCCUAUCGUGACCAAGUACUUGACGAUGUCGACGAUGGGUUCGGUCGCGAGCGAGACGCCGACCAAACCUUCCAUCCUCAUGUUCCAUUCGACCACGGACGAAGUGAUCCCUUAUGCUUCGGCACUCACGACCGCUCAAACGUGGUGCAGCGAUGGAGCCAAGAUCACCUUUAUUACUGAGGUUGGUGGUGGUGGUCAUGUGGGGACUCAACUCUUGUAUGGCCCCAUGACGAUCGAUUGGUUGGACAACUCGUUGAGGGGCACCUCGGCACCGAUCACGAGUUGUUCGUUCGAGACCCAGUCGAUGACGGCGCUUCCCGUGCGAAUGUAG